AUGGCAACGAAAGAUUUUUUCUCAAAACCGAUAGUGCAACAAAAGCUCAUAGAGCUACUGGGUAAAAAUGCUCAAAGUUUUGCUACCAGCGUCCUACAAGUGGUUAAUAGUAACGAUAUGCUCAAAAAUGCAGACCCUCAAACUGUAUUUAGUGCAGCUUGUAUGGCAGCAACGCUUAAUCUACCGAUUAAUAACAACCUAGGUUUUGCUUACAUUGUGCCUUUUCGCAAUAACAAAGCCAAUCGCACAGAGGCGCAAUUUCAGCUUGGCUAUAAAGGUUUUAUUCAACUCGCGCAACGUAGCGGUCAAUUUAAGCGCAUCAAUGCUUGUGCUACUUACUCGGAUGACACCGAGCAGACAGUUUAUGAGCGUUUGACUAGCUUAUUGCCAAAAAAGCCAACAGGUCAAAUCACUGGUUAUAUCGCAUAUUUUCAGUUGCUCAAUGGCUAUGAAGCGCACCUUGCAAUGAGUAUUGAAGAACUAAAUGCUCACUCUCAAAAGUACAGCCAAACCGCAAAAAAAGGCUUUGGAGUAUGGAAAGAUAACUUUGAUGCCAUGGCUCAAAAAACGGUUAUCAAGUUACUACUAAGCAAACAGGCACCGUUAUCCAUUGAUACGCCUUUGGCAACAGCCGUACAAGCAGACCAAGCCGUUAUCCAUGAUGUAGAUGGCGAGCAAGUUUUCAUCUAUGAAGACAACCAGCGACCACAGCAAGCUAUCGAAAUGAAUUUAGAUAAUGACGAAAACCUACUUAAUACCGUCAUUUCGCAAAUCCAAAACGGUACGCUUGAUAAAGGCACUAUUUUAAGCGGUCAAGGUGGCUAUACGUUUAACGAAACCACACGGCAAAAACUGGUGGCGGCAUGA